AAUGCAGCACUAGACUGACAUUAGAAGUGUUGGGCUGAUCUUACGUGGUCUAUUACUUUUUAGAUAAAAAAGAAAUUAGACAUGUCAACAGUAGCGGAGUGAGCUUUCUGCCGUAACAAAGACAUCUCUUUGUAAUCUAUUUUCCUCUUUUAGCACCGUGCUGGACGGACCUGCCAUAGAGGAUAUAUGUUCGGUAAAGGAGCGAAGCGGAAGCUGGAUGACGAUGAAGAGGGGCUGGAAGGCAAAACGCUGGAGGCGCCGAUGGCGGGAGGGGGAAUAAGCCUCUGUCCGGAGGGCCUGUCCAAGGUGUCGUACACCCUGCAGCGGCAGACCAUCUUUAACAUCUCCCUGAUGAAGCUGUAUAGCCAGCGUCCGCUCAGCGAACCCAGCCUGGAGCGCCGCGUUCUAAUCAACAACAUGCUGCGACGCAUCCAGGAGGAGCUCAAGCAGGAAGGCUCCCUGCGGCCGCUGCUCUUGCCGCCCUCGCCACCGCCCGACGACCCCAUGGACGAGGGUUACCGCGAGGCGCCGCCAUCCUUUGGUGUUUUGUCAGUGGCAGCACAGGUAUCCCAGCCUUCUGCGCUGUUGAUGCCGGUGAUCGUUCCACCACCUUCACCCCACCCAAUGGUGCCUCCCAACUGCCAGGCGUCCCAGGCCUGCUCAAACCGUGUGGAGGCCUGCCCCGCCCCUCUGGAAGCCUGCCUCACUCCAGCCUCUUUACUGGAGGAGGAUGGUGGAGAUCCAGCCUUUUGUACUCCAUCACCACCCACUCCUCCACUGUCGCCUCCACCGGCGCAGCCUCCUCCAUUACCUUCGGCACUUCUGAGCCAGGUGUCCCCCGUGGUCCCUGUGUCCGCCUCGUCCAAUGACAGCUUCCCCUCCGCUCUGAGUGACAUGGAGUUGUGUCCUUCCACAGCCAUAACAAGGACAGCAGCAGCUAACACUACGACCGUGACUACCUCCCCAGCUCCCACUCCACUCACCCUGCCCUCCCACUUAGCAGCCCUCUCCCCAGCACCCAGAGACUGCAGGACCAUGGGUUCUAAACCAGAGGCAGCUGGCGUCCUGCUUGCCGAAGCCCGCUGUGCCGAUCUCCGGCCAAUGGACACUUUGUCCACACUCCCCCCUGUUGGCCUAGUAGACAUUUCUUCCUCUUCCUCCUCUUCCUCUCCCUCGGGGUUUCUCUCAGACUUGGCACUGGACGACGUCCUGUUUGCCGACAUCGACACGUCCAUGUAUGACUUUGAUCCCUGUACGACAGCAGGGGCUGUUGGCGCCGCGGCAGGUGGUGGACUCACAAAACUGUCACCGGUGGUGACGGCGGACGACCUCCUCAAAUCGCUUGCGUCGCCAUACAGUGGUCCUGCCCCCCAGGUUUCAGCCAAUCAGCCUUUCAAAAUAGAUUUGACAGAACUGGACCACAUCAUGGAGGUGUUGGUGGGCUCGUGACUCGCCGACACCGCCACCUCAGAAACACACAGACAGUUUCAUAUGGAGAACAGACUGGAAUUAACCUUUGGGAUUGAUUUAAUUAUUUUCCUGGUUGUUGUUUUUAUGUUUUAAAAAAAACUCUCUUCACAGGUCGGUAAUUGUAAACGUUGAUAGUGAUGUCAAAUAGUACUACUAUGACAACUACUACUACACAACACUGUGCAUGCUAUGUGCUCGCCUUUCCAAAUAUGGAAAUUAAGUAACCGGGAAACAAAGACGCACAUACAUUUGUAUUUCUAUACUUGUGAGGACCUCCAUCGAUUCCAUUCGUUCCCUAAUCCUAAUUUAAACCUAAUCGUAGUUUUACUCUUUAACCUGAACCUAAGCCUUAAUCCCGAAAAAGUAACUGUACAUAGAAAAAACAAGGACCGGCAAAUUGUGCUCAUUCUGGAGGAUUUUUGCUAUCAUUCUAUCCUUGGGAGGACAUUUACUCCUCACAGGUACAGUAAUACAAGUGAACACACAUAGACAAGACACACACAAACUGAAUUCAUGGCUUUUAGCAGAUGAGUGCCUUUCAAAAUGACCACUUCUUCAAUUCCUGUUUUUACAGUCUUUGUCUUUUUUUCUAGUUCUUUUCACUUUAACAGCCUAGAGAGGUCAAUCCUCAACUUUUGUUUUUAAUUUAUUAUAUUGUGUUAAAACUGUUAUUAAGUAAGGUAAUUUGUUAUGAUCAAAUAAUAAUUAUUUAAUCUUUAUCUUAUUAUAUAUGCUGUGUUUUAUUUGUAAAGCAAGCAUAAAAAGGUUUUACAAGGAA